AUGCGUGCUCGCCUCCGAGCAGUGACGGAUCGCAUCGGCCCUGCUGGCAAGACACUGGCCACGGGGCUUGGAGUCGGCGGGAUUUCUAAGCUGGCGGUGGAUGGACACGAUAUGUGGCAGGCGCGCGUAAAGCGCCAGCAAGAAGCAGGCGAUCGCGAUCGUGUGAAAGCGCGCGUGAUCCACAGCGCUUUCCACGCUGCCAAGCCCGAAGUGGAGAUCCCGCGCAAGCACGUCCAGGCCCAGAUCAGCGGGUUGCUGGACCUGGAUGAUCGCUCCCCCGGCAUCGUCCACGUGAAGCUCGACAGCGACAAGGAGACCGCAGGAGAAAGGCUGCGCCAGCAGCUGGGUGCCCCCGGCCACGUUGAGGUGGAGGAGGCCUUGAAGCAGGCGGCAAAGACGCUGGGCCGCCUGCCCAUCGUCGUUUUAGAAAUUCCUCGGCAAGUGAGUGAGAUGAAA